ACCUUUGGUCUCUCAAAGUCCAGAAGUGGACCGAUAGCAGCUCAAGAAAGGCAGUCGAAGACUCCUUUUCAUCAGCACCUCCCAGGAGACAAAGAUGGCCUCUUCUGUUCACCCCCGUGUCUUGAAACUGACCAAGCAAGACGGCCAGAGCUAUGGCUUCUUCCUGCGGAUCGAAAUGGGAAAGGAGGGACACCUGGUGCGCAAUGUGGAGAAGGGGGGUCCUGCAGAGCAGGCUGGGAUGAAGGAUGGUGACCGUGUCCUGACAGUGAAUGGGGUCUUUGUGGACAAAGAGGAGCACACCAGGGUGGUGGAGUUGGUUAAAGAGAGUGGACUGUCUGUCACCUUUCAAGUCCUGGAUGAGGAGUCCUAUGAGAUGGCAAAGGAAAAAGGGAUCAGCCUGUCUGAAGAGGGGCAAGCAAGGCCAACACAACAGCCAGUGAUGAAUGGAGUGGCAGGUGCAACACCAAAGCCCAAACUGUGCUACCUGGUUAAGGGGGAAAAAGGAUAUGGAUUCUCACUAACAUCUACACGGGGUGUUCAAGGGAUGUUCUUGUCUGAGGUGCACCCGUCUGGGGUUGCAGCAAAGGCAGGUGUUCAAAACAACGACCGGCUUAUUGAAGUUAAUGGUGAUAACGUUGAGAGCUCCAAUCAUGAACAGAUUGUAGAUAAGGUGAAGGCCUCUGGCAACAGCGUUGUGUUUCUGGUUGUGGACGGGGAGGCUGACAGGUACUACAAGAACAAACAGAUAAAGCUGGCUGGAGGGAUGGCCACCGUGAAGCACCUUCCACAUAAACCCCGCAUAGCGGAGCUCACUAAGGGCCCCGAUGGCUAUGGUUUCUACCUGAGGCAACAGCAUGCUAAGCUAGGUCAUUUUAUUAAGGACAUAGAUGCCGGCAGUCCAGCAGAUAAAGCUGGACUGAAGGACAUGGACAGGCUGGUGGCUGUGAAUGGGGACCCUGUAGAUUCCUUGGAGCAUAAACAAGUUGUGGAGAAGAUCAGGCAGUGUGGCAAAAAGUGUACUUUACUGGUUGUGGAUGGAGAAACUGACCAAAUGUAUAAGAUGGCAUGCGUAUCUCCAUUGCUGUACUGGGAUGAGGUCAUGGAUUCUCACAGUGAAGCUGCAGAACCAGCCCCAGCCACCUUCAGUCAGGACAGCAGUGAGCACAAACCCAGACCAGCUGCUUCCACCCCCAGUCAGGAGAGCAGCGAACACAAACCCAGACUCUGCCUGCUGGAGAAGACAUCAGGUGGCUUCGGUUUCCAUCUCAAUGCAAUCCAAGGACUGCCUGGCCAGUUUGUUAAGGAGGUGGCUAGUGGAAGUCCUGCAGACAAAGCUGGCUUGGUAGAUGAUAACAUUGUAAUUGAGGUGAAUGGAGAUAAUGUAGAGAACAAAUCGUACGAGGAGGUGGUAGAGAUGAUCAAGAAGAGUGGCAACAGGCUUGAAAUGUUAGUAAUCGAGGAGGCGGCCUACGACUACUUCAAAGAUAAGAACAUACCCAUCACCACAGCUCUCAUAGGAACAUCAAAGACAAACAAACCAGCCACUCCCCCUGUCAAGGCAAAGGAACCCAAAAAACAGGAAGACCACCCAGCACCUGCCCCAGUCACAGCCAAAGCUCCAUCUCCAUCUCCACCCCCCUCUCCAACCCUAGCUGCAAACCUAACUCCACCCCCCUCUCCAGCUGCAGCCCCAUCUCAAGAUAGUCCUAAGGAGACGAGGAAGAGAUCAGUCUCAUCUUCAUCCUCAGCAUCAGAAGGGGAUGAUGAAAGGUUCUGAAGAGGUACACUAUCUGUUGAAAAGCCCAGCUAACUUCAGUAGAGCAGUACAUUUUUAACAACAGCAGGAUUUGUUAAGAAGAGCAUGGACUUUGAAAAACCUUGAUUUGGGCCAAAGAGGACAUUCACCAAAACACAACCAUUGGUGUUUCACAGAAUUUCCAAGUGCAUUAUUCUAAAACUCUAAAGUUUAUAAAUGCUCCUCAGCUACACAGUACAUAUAAAAUACUGGUAUAUCAAGAUACUCAAUCUUAGACAUUUUAAAAUCAGAAUACAUAAGCACAGUAUACUGCUGGAUUAAUUUACUGCCUGCUUGUGAUUUACCACUUAGUCCUUGCUUUCUCAGUAUAUUAGAUUAGAAUUGCAUAAUUGUGCUUCACCUUUUCUCUACAAAUCUGUUUAUGCCUUUUACAAUAAUACAAACCUUGUAUCAGUAGUUAUAGUAUAACCCAGUUUUCUUUAAUAGUUGAUGUUUUCUCUCAACUUAUUCCCCACUGUAUCCAUUUACUGAACUUACUCAUUUUCUUCUACAUGUACAGUGCUUCGUGGUAAUGCAGAACCAUUUGCUUUCACUUAAAUUUACUGCAAAACUAUACAUCUGUUUGUAUUUACAAUUUUACUGCCAACACAAAUUUUGUCGACUUUACUCAAACACUCGUGUUCAUUUUAAUGUUUUUUUGUUGUCAUUUUAGUCGAAUAUUCUAGAUGUAGCCAAUAGAAUUUAAAUAUACUGAACUGAAAAAAAAGGAAACAUUUUAUGCAAAGUAUCAUUUUUAAUAUUUACAUCUCUCCAGGGCACUCUGCAUGGUGGUAGGUACAAUAUUUCAGCAUUCGACAUGCACUACACAUGUGGGUGAACAUAAUAGGGCAUUGGAUAUGUAAAUCUAAUUAUGAUAAAUGAUUGUCAUCAUGACCAGAGUGUUCUGUUUGGUCCCAUAGCCUCAACAAAAAAAAGGAACAAGUCAUAGCCAGCAAUAUAAGCUUGCUGAAAAGCAGAGUGUGUACUUACUGUAUGCCUCUGAGGCGACGAUAAGCAAUGAAGCUACACUGAAGCAGCCACGCCUAUUCAGCAAAAUGGGGUGUGAGUCUGUAUUUUUUAGCCUACGAUUCAGGAAAGGUUGUAUCUGUUGUUGAAUAUCUGAAGCUCUGUGCACCAACAUGCAUGGCAUUCCUCAUGAUUAUUAUUAUUUAUUAAUAAUAACAAUAAUAAUAAUAAUUCAUUUUGCUAAAAAUCAUUACAGUCGCAUUAUAAAUUACAUAAAGUACUUUAAACUACCUUUGCACAUAAAGUGUACGUGGAAUAACCAGCUGCAUGAUUUCUUUCUGAAGUUAUAGAUGAAUAUGAUUGUUGUGAAUGUUUAAAGUACUGGAUGCAUUUUAAACAGUGUUAACUUUUUCAAACACUCAAAAAUGUUAUUUGUGGUGCUUAAAAAAAAAUAAAAAAAUACUACGGUACCAAA